GUUUGUUUUAAAUGGAAUUGAUAAAUGAAAGGAAACUGGAUAGGAUUCACAGGAGGCUAAUUCCACACUUGCAGAGUUACAAAACUGUAUACUAUCGGUGUCUUUGUCUCCCUUGGCUCCUUGCAAAAAAACCUUUCUCUGCAUGAACCUCGAUCCGUUACUGUGUUCAAUUAGCAGCGAUAUUAUUCCCAGGUUGGACAUUAGUCAGACACCAAAAGCUAGUUUAGAGCAGGGAGUCGCAGUGUAUGUGCAUUCUCAUAUAUUACACCCGCAGAAGCACAGUUUUAUGACUAAGAUUCUGUCACUUCCCAUGAAGACGGCUGCCAAGGGAGUGCUCUGCGGCAGGUAUUGUCAACCUGCAGAGUUCGCAGGUUGAACAGAAACUGAAUAAUUAAACAGAUAGAGGAGAAGAAGACACCUGGUGCCACCACAGUGAAGGUCAGCAGAUGGGUCUGUCACUAAUAAAGGGGCCAGAUUGCAUGUUGAAAGUAAUGAGGGUGGGUUUUGAAAUCCACAUAAAAGCAACAUUACUGCAUCAUCACCUGUCACCGUCGGGGGAUUCAGUGAUGCAAUCAAGGAGGUUUAAGAUAAUGAAAUUCAGUAGUGCAUCAGAUUUUUAUUUGUUCCAAUCACGUUUUCUUUUGACUUUACUAGUGGCGUCCUUUGUGUCUGUACCUGUGACCUUUCCUGAACUAUAUAACGCUUUUUAAAGGUAUUGCGAAAAACGCUAAAUUUCAGUCUGAAUAAUUGAAUGCCUCUUGAUUUGUAAAGGGUUGCCCAACCACUGUGGCAGCAUAUUUCCAUGGUUUGGUCCUCUGACACUGCGACCCCUGAGAAGCUGCUUAAGGCUGUGUUGGACAAAAAGUAGACCCACUGACCCUAAAGUGUGUGAGUGGAAAGAAAAUGUCUCUCCUCAGUCACAGAGUACAGGGCCAUAGGGCAGAAAGGAAAGUGAAGUGACACUGAAUUGAAAGUGCAAACCCCCCUUUAGUUCCCCCCUCCCAGCGAUCUCCCUUUGUCUCUAAUGUAACGUAGACCUUCCUUCCUUUAGCCCAGUUAGACAUGUAACUUUGAAAGUCGCAUUUGUCAUUAUCUUUUAAGAACCAAUGAGGCAGCAACUCAUAGUAGGGUUACCCAGCCAUAUUCUGCACUAUUUAAAACCACUUUCCACUGAAUUAGAUUCUGCUUUUCCAACGUGCCAAUUAGGGUUUUGACAAGUCUAAGAAAGUGGAGGUAAAUUAAGUGCUGACAGUAAAGCACUGCCGGUGUGCAGAAAUUAAUUCCCACAUUCCUUAGUUUAAUAAUCAAUCACAAGGACCUAAGAGCAGCUAAAAUAGCUCCAGGGAUCUGACCGAGAGAGCGUGUGCAUUUCUAAUAUUAUUAUUUUAAAUGAGGGUUUGGUUUCCAGCCGUGUUUUGGAGGUCAAAGCUUCUUCACACUUAGCUUGAGGUGAAUCGUUAAUCAAUAUUUUGGCCAAAUGAAACCUCUGGCUCAUUUAUACAGACGGAAAAACACAUUAUAUUAUAGCCAGAAAUUUACAAUUUGAAAUGCAAAGCACUUUCUUUUAUAAGCGUGAGUGUACAAGUCUAAUGGCAGUUAAGAAUGGUGUGCUUUAUUAGAUUACUGUUGGCUUUUUUGAUUUGAGUUAGAGAAGAAAAUUAAAAUGGAAGACAGGAAUAAAACAUAGCUUGCCCUUGUUUUGUAAGUCAGUAUAUUAAUCUGUAUCGGUGAAUAAGUGAGUCUUUUAUCGCCUUCAUAAGCUCCAUAAACCUACAAUAGACGUGAUACCCUUUUCUCUUGACAUGUUCAUUUUUGCGAGGUAACAGACUGAUUAUUAGCUUGAUAAUGAAUGCUAAAAUGUAACAUGCAGAUACAAACACCUUCCUGUAUGGCUUUGUUAUCACCAAUGAUAUUUACCGACAAUGCUCCAGCUGUAGUCAGGUCAGCCCAAGGCUAAUGCCCGUGGAAUCUGCAUCGGCUAUCCUCCCACGUAUCCCUGUGAGAAGACUUUGUGUCCAGCAAUGCAGAAUUGCAAACCUUUUGGACCGAGACACAUUCUCCAAAUCUGACCCAUUGGUUGUGUUGUACACCCAGGGUGUGGAGUCCAAACAGUGGAGAGAGUUUGGGAGAACUGAGGUGAUAGAUAACACGCUAAACCCAGACUUUGUCAGGAAGUACAUUCUGGACUACUUCUUUGAGGAGAAGCAGAACCUGCGCUUUGACGUGUAUGAUAUUGAUUCUAAAAGUCCUGAUCUGGCAAAGCAUCCAACAGAAUUUAACGACUUUCUGGGACAGGUCUACUGUACUCUAGGAGAGAUUGUGGGCUCACCUGCCAGCCGCUUAGAGAAACCCUUGGGUGGUAUACCUGGGAAGAAAUGUGGGACCAUUAUCUUGUCAGCUGAGGAGCUGGGAAACUGCAGGGAUUAUGCUACGAUGCAGUUCUGUGCCAACAAGCUGGAUAAGAAAGACUUCUUUGGAAAAUCCGACCCUUUCAUGGUCUUCUACAGAAGCAACGAGGACGGCACGUUCACAAUUUGCCACAAGACUGAAGUGGUAAAGAACACGCUGAACCCUGUGUGGCAGCCAUUCUCCAUCCCUGUCAGGGCGCUCUGCAAUGGAGACUAUUCCAGGACGAUCAAAGUGGAAGUGUAUGACUGGGACAGAGACGGAAGCCAUGACUUCAUUGGUGAAUUCACCACCAGCUACAAAGACCUGUGUCGGGGUUACAGCCAGUUAAAUGUCUACGAGGUGGUGAAUGCCAAGAAGAAAAUAAAGAAAAAGAGAUACGUCAACUCUGGGACGGUGUCCUUGUUGUCAUUCAACGUGGAGUCAGAGCACACCUUCCUGGAUUACAUUAAAGGAGGGACUCAGAUUCACUUCACAGUGGCCAUUGAUUUCACUGCAUCAAAUGGAAAUCCGUCCCAGUCCACUUCACUGCACUACAUGAACCCGUACCAGAUGAAUGCCUAUGCCAUGGCUCUGAAGGCUGUGGGAGAAAUCAUCCAGGACUAUGACAGCGAUAAGAUGUUCCCUGCCCUGGGAUUCGGCGCUAAGCUCCCACCUGAUGGCAGGGUGUCUCACGAGUUCCCUCUGAAUGGCAACGUGGAGAACCCGUACUGUACUGGCAUACCGGGAAUUCUGGAAGCGUAUCAUCAAAGCCUUAAGACGGUUCAGCUGUAUGGACCCACCAACUUCGCCCCUGUUGUUAAUCACGUGGCAAGAUAUGCAGCAGCGGUUCAGGACGGGUCUCAGUACUUUGUCCUGCUCAUCAUCACCGAUGGUGUCAUAUCAGACAUGGCCCAGACCAAGGAGGCCAUCGUCAAUGCAGCUAAACUCCCCAUGUCUAUCAUCAUUGUUGGAGUCGGUCAAGCUGAGUUUGAUGCGAUGGUAGAGCUGGAUGGUGACGACAUCAGGAUCUCCUCACGGGGAAAGCUGGCGGAGAGAGACAUUGUGCAGUUCGUCCCGUUCAGAGACUACAUGGACCGCACAGGUAACCACGUCCUCAGCAUGGCCAGGCUGGCGAAGGACGUGCUGGCUGAAAUCCCCGACCAGCUGAUCUCCUACAUGAAGAGCAGAGCCAUUAAACCCAACUCGGCGCCGCCUCCGCCGUACUCGCCCGGACCCCCAAAGACAGAGCUCUGCGUCGGACUGGGGCUCAGCAAGGACUGACGGCUGACGUGGAAGCCAGGCUUUUCGGUGAAUAUCAAUCCAGCUAAACAAAAAGAUGACAAGACUCCAUUUUGGACUGUUUUGUUGACGAGCAGGGCUGUUCUCUCCGGCUGCUCGGGGGACGGGAGCGCCGAGGGGGAUCUGGUGGAGGAAGGAGGUUUUAAUUGUUCGCUGUCAAACCCGUCAAAGUGGUGAUGUAAUGGAUAGCAAGUAAACCUGUAGAGAGGGCCUGUGUGACGGCAUCAAUAUAUUAGAAUGUGCCAGUGUGUAUCAUGUCUGUGAUACCCUUUGGAGUUGAUACGUGUUAAACUAGGAGCUCAUGUGUAAACUUGUUUAUUUAUUUAUUGCAGAACUUAUUUCUUCCUUUGGGGGUUUGAAGGGUGAAGGGAUUAAAGUCAUAUUUCUCCUGUAGUUUUUCAUCUUAUAUUUUGUGACCUGUCAAAUAAUAAUCCUCAUUUCUACUUUAGAUAGACUAAUGUAAAGCAUGUGGUGAAGCCUCUUUAGCAGUUUAUAUUUUCUCUGAUUAAUCUUUUUGAUUAGCCGUUGCGUAUAGCGCUGCUGGGAGCUGUUGUCCUACUCAUUUUUCAGCGCCACGUCUUUCAUUUUCAUUUUUCCUAAUACUGUAUCUCCAUCAACAGAAUGCACUUUUACUUUCCACAAUUAAUUACUUUCCAAAUUAAAAGCACAAACGUUAUAAUAACAUUGUUAAUAAACUGAAAUUCAUUUGUUUCAGCUGCAGUAAACCACAGAGAAAAUAAUGGAGAUGAUCCCAUACUGGUUGUAACAUGGCGUUCGUCCGUCACUUUAAACUAUUAUACAGCUAUAUAGAAGUUAAGUUAUGGUUAUGAAUAAAACAGUACGCUUUACAGAACCUUAGAUGAAUAAUUCAACACACGUACUGCACUUGCUUUGGCUUUUAGUAUGCAGAGAGGUAAAUUAUCCUGCUUAAGUCAUGCUGCCAUAUCUCAUUUGUCAUCAUUCUGUGUGUUUGUUUCCCUCAUAUUUGUUGUGGUUCCUGUUUAGUUUCUGGGGUUUUGCUCAGUACUUUCAAAGGACCUGAUCCAUGAACUGUUUUAAUGAUGAUGUAAAUUACUUUCUCCUUAAAUUAAUUAGUUUUUCCAGGAGGAAAACCAAACAAUUCCAAAAUCCUCCAACAAAUGAGCGAGCGUUAAAUCUUUUCAAAGGGAAAUUCAUCUUUUCUGUUCUAUUCGGUGUUGAGUGGAUGCAUGUGUUAUGUUUUAUGUGUGUCAUAAACAGAACUUGAUGACAUUGUUUCACAUUGUUGCACCAGAUCCAGUUUCUUUAUUUCACAAAACUACCACUCAUUUCUAUUUUGGGUUUAUCUGAACGCGACUCGUACGUUUACCAGCUUGUUGAAAGUGUUUUCAAGCCAUCGCGCAGUCGUUCACGUCCUGGUGUUCUCUUCGUAUUGGCCAUUAUUUUCACUGCGACAGUAUCUUUCAGUCACUCGAUAUUUCGAUCCAAAUGUGCCUAUUACAGUAUAUGGAGACAUAUCUAAAUUCAGUUACCCAGGUGUUUUUCUGCCAGCAGCAGCAGGUCUCAUUUUUAAGCUCUACACACAGUGUUGGCGAUGGUCAAACAGCAUUUGGACGAUAAUCGUGACACAGGCUCAUACGCACUGUCUCAACCAGUGCUGUGUACUUUUAUACAUUCAGUACAGCAGUAAUGAGGUGUGUAACACUUGUUUACAGUUCAGCUGUGGCCGUUUAGAUUUCCUCAAGGAAGAACCGAACCGCUCAUUCAGUUCGACCUGUUGUGUUCGUCUCAGAGUUUCUUUGAUGACGCUGGAGGUUGAAGUUUACAAAGACGUAUUGUCUGUGAAAGUGAAGCUCUGAUUUCCCACCCAUUUGUUUUGUUAUUGUAAUUUGUGUUCGUUUACGAUCUGCUGUUUAAAAUUCAUUGAUUUCUGUUGUUUUAGUGCUGUCAGAGAGAACUUAGUGUUUGAUGAUUACUGCAAAACCUCAGUCCAGAGACAGUGAACUCCUCACAGACCCGCAUCCAUAUUUACCUGUUGUGUAUUUCCUUUGAAUUUAUCAGACGUGUGUCCCUCAGAAGACAACGCAGCAUUUCAUUUGUCACCAAAUGUUAUUGUAAUGUUAAUAUUUCUAUUAAAUUGAGGUUCAAACCCUCGUGUACACCAUUGUACCUCUACAGAAAGCCUUUCAAGCCAAAUGGAUAUAAACCACACAGGAUAUAUUUAAAUAAACAUUAGUAAUUACUCUCUCGCAAACGUUCAGUAAAUACAUAUUUACUUUACAAUGGCUUUUUAAUGGGGUUUGUAUUGUUUUUUAAUCUUUAUUUCAAAACAGUUACCACUCUAGGUAGGUUAUUAUUGUAUGGAGUUCGUCAUUUGUCGAGCUGGAAGCCAUUAAAUCAACAUCUGUUGAUCGAGUGUGUGUGGGGAAGGCCAACGCGUCCCAUAUGCUGUGCGCGCAUUUCCAACAUGUUCAUAUUCAAUUAAUAGCAAUGACAGCAAGUUAAGGACACGUGGGGUAAAAUGAGUUGUGUGACUGAUUAUGACAAGCUGCAGUGAGUUAGUUCCUGCUUUGUGAGAUUUGCUUCUGCAGCACAGAGUCACAAACUGCUGCUCUACGUGGUGAAACGAUACAUGAGACGAGCGCGGUAACGACACUUAUGCAAAUGUGAGUCAUUAAAUUAUUAUGAGAUAUAUUUUCCAGACUAAAAGAUGUCUUUCCAACAAACCUCAGUUCUGCCUUUUUGUUGUUUAGUCUCUAAUUAUGUACAUAACCCCUGACGUACAGUAUACGCAGUAUUUGGUGCCAAACUGUUCCGAUGACUUUGGCUUCUGUAGACAAUGUGCAUGUUUGUGCCAAAGCGGCAGGACGUUUGGUAGCCGGCCUCCAUUUCACCUGAUUAGUGCAUCUGCCACGUGCUUCAUUGGUUCCAGCCGGUGUUCUCUGGAGACGGCGCCUCCUCCAGCAUGAUUCUGUCCGUUCUGUUCCUACGAGACACUUACUGUAUGGGCUCUUCUCACGUCUCCCGUUCUAUCCCAGGUUGUUUACAUACCUCUCUUGGUCUCUGCAUGCUGAAUAAUUUCCAAACCAGGUGUUGGACACGAUUUUGUCGUCAUGCUGUGGUUUGUGAAAUGCUUUGUAAUGGAUUGCCUUAACUGAAGAUUAAUAAACUAUUGACAACUUUG